AUGAGCCAUGUUGACAAUCCAAACACCAUUCAGUCUGGCAUCAAGUUCACAAGCCUCACAGUUGAAGCACACCCUAUCAGAGCUGUCAUUAGGAGAACAAAAUAUCUUCGCCAGCAGCUCACCCAAAAGAUGGUCGUCAUUAUGAACCUGCACAAGGAGCUUGUAUCUGAUUUGUGUUGCUUGCCAACUGAAGUCCUUUGUCAUAUUUUUAUCCACUGUCUUCCCAAAACCAGCUACAUGUUGCCCAAUUUGAAAUCACCUCCUAUGUUACUCACCAGGAUAUGCCAAUGCUGGAGGGAGAUUACUAUGGACAUGCCCUCCUUGUGG